AAUAGCUACUGGGAGACAGAUAUAGAAAAUGAUUAUAUUUUGACGUCACUAAAGGGAAAUAACCUGAUUUAUUAAUAAAGUCAUGUAAACGCAGUUUAUACUUGCAUUGUCAGGUUACUGAUGUGCAUGGACAUUAAACGGGGAAACUGUUUAUUUUAAAAAGCUGAUAUUUGUGAGUUAUCAGUGUACUGGUGUGUAUGUUGUCAACCUUUACUCAGAUUUUAGCGACCUCUUCAUGCGGGAUUAGUGUUUCCCGCUCGUGUGCGCCCAAACGGCGGCUAACGCCUCCUCCUCCCGUCAUCCACCAAUUCCCAACCCAACCCUGCGCUUCAAGUGCGCUCACACUCCGCCAGCCUAUUACCCUACACCUGCAUAAUCAGCCUCAUCUGCCUCUCUCGCGUCUGGCCCUACUGUGAGAAGAGAUUCGAGCUGUGUUUUGUUGUUCAAUGGCGUAAUUCGCAGCUCGUUUGUUACUAGUUUGCGAGGGUCAGCUGCAGGUCAAGGAAACUGAUUUUGGGAUCCAGAGAACAUCGCCAUAGGUUGUUGCAAGCCAGGAAUAUAACUUGUUUGUGUGAUCUGCCCAGUGGUGGACUGUCCAACAUCCAAGAUGUCCCAGUCUUCCACCGCUGAUGAGGGGACAACCUUUGAAAACUUGUGGAGUACCCUUGAGCCAGAUAGCACAUAUUUUGAGCUUCCUCAGGCGGGACACUCAGGGGACAGGUUGCCUUCCAGCAACCGCGCUGAAGUCUGCAUGGACGUUUACCACAUGAGAGACAUGAGAGACAUGAACGACAAUGUCAUGUCUCAGUACAGCCUACUGAGCAGCAGUAUGGAACAAGGUUUGGGGAACAGAGCAGCGUCUAGCAGUCCCUACAGCUCAGAGACCGCCUCCAACGUGCCAACGCCGUCACCCUACUCCCAGCCAAACUCGACCUUCGAGGCCAUGUCUCCAGCCCCGGCCAUCCCCUCCAACACUGACUACCCCGGGCCGCACAACUUCGAGGUCACCUUCCAGCAGUCGAGCACGGCCAAGUCAGCCACCUGGACGUACUCUCCAUUGCUUAAGAAGCUGUAUUGUCAGAUCGCCAAGACCUGUCCGAUUCAGAUCAAACUGGCUUCCUCGCCCCCAAACGGCGGCGUGAUACGAGCCAUGCCCAUCUACAAAAAGGCCGAACACGUCACAGAGGUGGUCAAACGCUGUCCUAACCAUGAACUGGGACGGGACUUCAAUGAAAGUCAGACAGCUCCUGCCAGUCACUUGAUUCGGGUGGAGGGCAAUAAUCUUAGUCAGUAUGUGGAUGAUCCUGUGACGGGCCGACAGAGUGUUCUCGUUCCUUAUGAGGCUCCACAGGUGGGCACCGAGUUCACAACGAUUCUGUAUAACUUCAUGUGCAACAGCAGUUGUGUCGGUGGAAUGAACCGCAGGCCCAUCCUCAUCAUCAUCACGCUGGAGACACGAGAUGGACAGGUUCUCGGCAGGCGUUCGUUUGAAGGCCGGAUUUGUGCCUGUCCAGGUCGAGACCGCAAAGCAGACGAGGAACAUUUCAGGGAGCAACAGGCUCUAAACGAGAGCGUGGCCAAAAAUGGAAAUGCCAAUAAACGAAAUUUCAAGCAGACUCCUGCCAAUAUUACAGGCCCUUGCAUCAACAUCAAGAAGAGGCGACAUGGAGAAGAGGAGAUGUAUUAUAUUCCAGUGCGAGGCCGGGAAAACUUCGACAUCCUGAUGAAGAUAAAGGACAGUCUGGAACUUGUGGAGUUUGUACCACAACAGUUAGUGGAUUCAUACAGACAACAACAACAGCAGCUCCUACAGAGACAGAGUUAUGUUGCCUCGCCGACUCCAUAUGGCACACACAAUAACAUGAAUAAGAUCCACGGGCCCAUCAGCAAGCUUCCCUCAGUGAAUCAGCUAGUGACACAACAGACUCACCACAGCGCAGGACCCUCUGCGUCAAUGUCACAUAUGGGUACGAACAUGCUGGGUGGACACCACAUGCAGUCUAACGGCGAUGUGAACGGAGCUCACGCGUCACAGUCUAUAGUGUCCACCUCUCACUGUACCCCUCCCCCACCUUACAACCCCGACCCCAGCCUCGUCAGCUUCUUAACCAGCCUGGGCUGCCAAAACUGUAUCGACUACUUCACGUCACAGGGACUCCAGAGUGUCUACCACCUUCAGACUCUUUCCAUGGAGGACCUUGGGGCGCUGAAGAUCCCUGAGCAGUUCCGGCUGGCGAUCUGGAGAGGCCUGCAGGACAUGAAGCAGGGCCACGAUUACGGCCAGCAGCUGAUCCGCUCCAGCAGUAACAUGGCCAGCAUGGCCCUCGGCGGCGGAGGAGAGCUGCAGCGGCAGCGCGUCAUGGAGGCCGUGCACUUCAGAGUGCGGCACACCAUCACCAUCCCCAACCGCAGCGCCCCCGCAGGAGCGGAGGAGUGGGCUGACUUCGGCUUUGACAUGCCCGACUGCAGGAUACACAAGCACUCCAUUAAAGAGGAGUUCGCAGAAAGUGACGUUCACUGAGAAGAACCAGAUGCAUCGCCCAGAUUGGUUUCUUAAACUGCGACGGACAGUUUGUGUUUUCCAUAUAACAGCACUUCCAUAUUUGACGAAAAAAUGAUUUGAGAAGUAAAAGUCUUUUUGCAAACAAUUCCCUUUUAUUAAGACCAGGGUUCAAACUAAUCAUUUUAUUAGAUUGUCAUUUGUGGCCUUAUGCUAAUAUUACAUCACAUAUUACCAAUUUUCCAUUAGCUAAAAUGAAUUCUAUAUUAUUAGGAUGUAGUUAUGAACGGUUACAAACAGUGUAUGAUUUCUAAACAUUGCCUUAUUUAUUUCGGCUUGGUGUAAAUAAUAAUUGUGCACUAAUGUAUGAUAUUGGAUUAUGUCUGAAGUAAUGCCCAUAGAUCAACUAGAUGCUUGACCCACAAAAUCAUACUUUAUUUACUUAUUUUGAAAAACACGCAGGUUUAUCAAAGCCAGAUGUGUACAGCUGCAUCAUAAGGCAUUCUGUAUUUGAAUUAUUCUCGUUUCAAUAAGUCAUACCAUACCUAUAAUUAGUUCAUCAAAGUUUUACAAUGACAUUGAUGAAGAAAACUUCAUAAAAGUAAUUUACAGUUAUUAUUAUUUUUUUAAACUAAGACAUUUUUUUAAGUGGUGCUUUACAUUGAAACUUUUUUUUAACUUUUUUUUUUUUUUUUUUUUUUGACUUUUUUUUAUGUAUGAUCUGUUAAGUGUUAUGUUGUUGACAGAGACACACUGGAUCAUCUUUGGUGUUGUCAGACUUUUAAAGUUCACCUGUUUGGUGGUAUUAGCCUUGCAGGACAAGGUUGUAUUUAUCAUGCUGUACAGUUAUAAUGUCUGCUUUUCCUUUAGCACAUGUAAUCAGCGUCUUGUUAGGUUGUCUCUAAUUUUAUUAUGUUUUCAUCAACAAGUAAAAUUAAUUGAGGUAUUAAGGUGAAUCUUACAAAAACAUCCAGGUGACAUUUC